CAACCAAACCCAACCCUAAUCAUUAUAAUCAUCAUCUGUACCCCACAUCACCCCGAUGGACAUUCGGGACGUCCCCAACCCAAUCCUAAAGCCCACUCCUCGCCACCUCAUCAUUUCUUGGUCCUCGCUUGAUCCCCUUACCAAAUUUCCACCCAUGUAACCCAGGCCAUUUCCGAAUUCCAGUAGACAACAACAGCAUCCAAUUCUGAAAGCCUGCUCUACACAGCAAUUGUAAAGAGAUCACUGAACAGCAGAUUUCUUCUCAUGAUUGAGAGGUUGAAGUUUCAUUGACACUGAAACAGAAACUGGUAUACAUAAGGAAUCAUGGCAAGCAGAGGAGCUUCAAGACCAAAUGGCCUAGGUCAGACAAAGAUUUGCCAGUUCAAACUGGUUCUACUGGGAGAUAUGGCAGUGGGAAAAUCAAGUUUAGUUCUGCGUUUUGUCAAGGGCCAGUUUGACGAAUUCCAAGAGACAACAAUUGGUGCUGCCUUUCUUGCUCAGUCUGUCUGCUUGGAUGACACAACUGUGAAAUUUGAGAUCUGGGAUACUGCUGGUCAGGAGCGUUAUCACAGUUUAGCACCAAUGUAUUACAGGGGAGCCCAAGCUGCCAUUGUGGUUUUUGAUAUCACAAAACAGGAAACAUUUGAUAGAGCAAAAGCAUGGGUAAAGGAGCUACAGAGACAAGCCAGCCCAAAUAUUGUGAUAGCCUUGGCUGGCAAUAAAGCUGAUCUGGCAGAUAAACGGAUGGUGGAGUAUGAGGAAGCACAGACAUAUGCAGAAGACUGUGGUCUGCUCUUCAUGGAGACAUCAGCAAAGACGGCCAUGAAUGUUAACGAUAUAUUUCUAGCAAUAGCUAAGAAAAUGCCAAAAAAUGAUCCACAAAAUCCAGCAACUGCUGCAAGAAAUCGAGGGGUAAAUCUUCAAGAAACAAAUCAGCAGAGCCAACGGGCUUGCUGUGGCAAUUAGCAAUAGUAUUUGGGCCUCAAACAACAUGAACAAUUCAAACUAUGGAUAUUGGAGAUUUGGCUUCGUUUUUAUAUUAUUGGCACACAUUGCUGUGCUAAUUCCUUUUAUUCUCCACCUUGGACAUCUGCAUGAGUCAUUUUUCUCACAGCUGACUACAGGUCUCUUCUCUAUCCUGUAGAAAGUAAAUGAUGUAAAUAGUAUGAGAAAUCAUUAUGUAAAGGUUAGUUACUCACCUUUUUUGCCACUAGUUUCAAUGAAGGUUUCCUUUGUAAAUUUAAUAUUGCGGAGGGAGAGUAUUCCCUUUGUGUUUCCUGAUCUCCCCAGUCCCAAAGUCUUCCUUGUCAACUAAUUUUAAUACAGUUUAUGUACAAUAAGAAUACAGAUUCCUAAAGUUUUCUGUAAUAUUCUGCAUAAAAUCUGCUUAUUUAGCUGCAUACUUUCACAUAUAAUUUUAGCUUGUGGGGGAAGGGCAAUGGUGCAGGUGUUGCAGUUUGGGAUUAAAUAAUCUUGUACAAGUUAGUUAGGGGAAUCUUUGAAGGUUGUGCUAAUCCUGAUUACCUGGGCUCAGUAUUAUAGAAGUUUGACAAUUUUAUUUUUUUGCUUUUUUUUUGGUUUGAAAACUUGGCAAUGGUUAAUCUAUUCUAAUGUACAGGAGAAAUUGUUAAUAUAGUGAACAAAAAUAUUGUUUAGAUCAGGAUUAUUGAUAUCAUGAACUAGUCUAAGGAAGCUAUUGGGCUAAUUGUUACAGAUAUGUUAAAUAUUUUUGUGCUGCUUAGAGUAAUCUUUUUGCUUUGCACAUAUUAUGUAUUCUGAAGCUAUGAAUAUUCCUCUCCCUGUAACUGCAAGGAGUGGGAUUUUCUGCUUUGUAUGGUCUGUUUACAACACAAUAUAUUUUGAGUAGAUUUUAUUUGUGAAAUGUAUUCAUCCAUUUGGUUGAAUUGAAAAUAUUGCUUAAAUCCAAAUUUCCAAAUGUGUAUUAAUUGCAGGACAUCCUUGCAUUUAGGAUAGUGUUGUGGUAGAUUAUUAGUGAUUUGCAACACCGUUAAAAUUGAUCAGUUAAAAUGAUGAGUCCUUUCCUUUGUAAACCCUUUAGACUGUCAUAUGUAUAAACACAAAACUGUCCUGUGUAUUUCCUGUAAGUUGUCUUAAGACCAAAGCCUCUUUGAUUCUUAGACAUAUAAAUCUGCCUCUUUCUUUCUCAGCACAGGAAGGUGCAUCAGGCGUGUGAUUUCAGAAGUACAAAAAUCCAGAAAGGUAGCAAUACUGAUGCUCUUUUAUUGAUCAAUUAGAUUGGCAGAGAAAGCAGGAACCAACUUAAAGGGAUUUGUAACGAAGCACUCUUUUCUGCUUAAAUUGCAAUAGGGAAAAAAAUCCAUUAAUGGAUCUAGAAGUGCUGCAAUGAGAUAGACCAUUUAAAACCAUGCACUUCAAGUCAUAUAACUGGAAUAAAGCAAAAUCAAUGAAAAAUCCUUGGUGACUCGUAGAACUUUGAAACGUUACCACUAAAACAGUGAAGGUUGCCACUUUCAUUUCUGUGCUUCAGUGCCUUGAGUUGUUGAAAUUAGUGUAUGACUUCAAUACCUACAAAGGAACAGGAGUAGGCUUGUUUAGCUGUUCAAGUCUGUUCAUUAUACCCUGUCCCAAAUUUCUUGAUACAUUUAGUUAAAAAUUUAUUGCUCUCUGAUUUUAAAAAAAUAGUAAUUCUGCAGAGGAGCUCCAAACUUCUAUCAGCUAUGCAUAUAGUUUCUUAAUUUGACAACUGAAAAGUCUGAAAAAACUAUAUAUAUAUAAUUGAACUACUGAAAACAUUUUAAAAAUCCAAGAAAUUAUAACCCUAGUAUCAGUAAUCUCAUAAUUUGACUCAUGGAGUUAGGGAUCAUUUGGUUAGAAAACAUUUGUUUGAAGUCCUUAAUAAUGUCUGUAGAUGUGUCCUGUGGAUACUUUUCACCUUUUCCUAGAAAUUUAGCCUAUUUUGUCUGGUUUGACCAACUUUAAAUCAAAGCUAGAUUACUGAAGAUCUGAAUGUUUUGAAGAUGUUCAGUUAUUUUUAAUGAGUUUACUACAAAGCAUGUUAGUAAGUUAUUCCUUAUUGUAUCCUUACUAAAUAUCUAAGUAUUGUGCUAUUUUCCAGUCAAAAAUAUCAGUUUCUGAAUCAGGAACAUUUUAGAAAAUUGCCAGAUCAUUCUCAGUUCUGGGUAAAAACUAUGUUGUCCUGGAGAUCUGAGAAUCUUUGGUGUCUUUUUUAAUCUUCCUAAUAUUAUUUUGUUUAUUUGUGUGACUUCCCUAUUUUUGACUUGGUCUUUCAUUUAGCUGUCCUCUUCCAUAAAAAUGUACAAUAAUAUUCAACAUGACUAUCAUUUUCUUAUAUUCAAUUGUAUCAUAAUUAUUUGGGAAAUGUCCUCUAUGUUCAUCAAUGCCCUUUUCCCUCAUGGAGUAAAAUGUUGAUUCUUUGAUAGCUGUUGCAAGUUUCUUCUUACCCUUCCAUUUUGGAGCUCUAUCUGUUUUGCUACCUUUUUUUUUGAACCUCUCCCAAACACCAGUAUUUUUUCCUCUUUAUGAACAUAUAUUUUUUAGUUUUAUUUUGUGUAAUUCCUGUAUUGUUGAAAGAUUUUUUCAAACAUUGCUUUAACCUCUGAACAUUUCUUUUUGAAUUUACAUUGUUAUUUAUUUGCAAAUUGUCGCAGUUUAUCAUUGCAUUUUAGUUACAUUACCUACACUUUGAAUCUUUGUAUCUAUUGCAUAUCUCUAUUGGACACUAAAUUGAGCUUGAUUGCACUAUGAUUGCCAUUAAACAAACAUUUGCAGCCGGUUAGAUUGUUAACUAAUGAGACCCAUAUGACUAAAUCUAACAGUGGCUUACUCCCCUGUAGGUAAUAAAAUGUGUCACUUAAGAAAUUCAGUACCUUUUUAUACUGGAGUUAGUUUGCUUACUUAUGUGAAAUUCAAAUUACCUGUUACAAAUCAGUUUUUUAAACUCUUUUAAUUUCUGCAUUUUACUACUUCAUGGUUGUUAUCACAGGAAUGGGAGGGAGGGAGGAAGGCUGAUGUACCAUUCCAGUUGGAGCUUAAUUCUAUCUGUAAAGCCAUUAAUGCCUGCUAUAUCUUUUAUCUUUUUUCAUCACUGAAGUAAUUUCAUUCUUAAUUAAUAAGGUUACUCUGCCUCAUCGACAAUUAUCCUACUUUUUGUACAGAUCUUAAAACCCAUUUUGAGGCAGGGAUGAUUAGUUCACAGCAAUUUAGAGCACUUCAGCUAUUAAUGAAGUUUCAUUACAAGUUAUAUAAGAUCCCAUGUUGGUCAUUGUGGAUUUGAAAAGAGAUGGCAUGGUUGCGUUAAAUAACCCUUGGUAUGAAGCUCAGUGCUUGCCUUCUGCAUUGAACAGCACUGCAUUAAUAUUUAAUUUCAUUGCAAUUGCCCGGUGUCUCUUGAGGACAUCAGAAGAAGGCCAUUCAAACCAUCAAGGCUGUUCACCAAUUUGAUAGUUACUGAUCUAUGCUUGAACUCCAUCUGUCUCUGGUAUAAAUCCUUUAAUACCACCAAACUUUAAUUGCCCGUGAAUCUGGAAAGGGAAUUCCAAAGCUCUACUUACUGUUCUUUAUGUAGAAAAUGUGCUAAUUGAUUCUUCACCUGAAAUGUUUGAUAUGAUUUUAUGGUUAUGGUUCCUCUUUCUGAAUUCCACUAAUAACAGAAACAUUUUUCAUUUUAAACAUUAUAAAUUCAGUAAUGAAUUGAUUAUACUGAAGAGCAAUUAUAAUGAUUCUAAUGUAGAAAAAUUAGGAUAAGUUCUUGUAUUGGUUUGUAAAUAUAUUACAAGUGGAAUUUCUGAGUCAUAAAUAGUGAGCUUUCAGUUUCUGGUUUGUAUUGAAUUGGUUGUGGUGGAGAUGAUGCCCCAGGAUAGGAUAGGGAACAUUGUUUGCGAACCCUAUGGCAUCACCAGUGAGUAGAAACAGCUGUUAUGGCAGGAUUUGGAUCAACUAUGAUGCCGCAUGGUUAAGUAGCUCACUAACCUAACUUUCAAAGUUGUACAGCGAGUGCCAAUUAGUUUGAUAUGUGCUUCCAAUCCUGUUUGAGGAUUUGUUUCCUGGCACAAAUCACUGCCUAUGGAGUAGAGGUGGUGAUCUUAAUGAAUAUUCAUAAUCAGGGAUAUAGCAUAGUGAAAAUUUAAUGGAGGAAAAAUGCUAAAUAAUAAAUGUUCAUCUAAUUGUUUAUAGCUUAUUCCCCAUAUUGAGUGCAUAUAGUUAGUUUAAAGAGCUUUAUUUACAUUCGAAGGCAUAUAUGCUGCAGUGGAUACAUUACAAAAUAUUUGAGAACAGUAUAUAGUUUAAAAUUUUCCCAGAAUUGUGAAGCAAAAAGAUUACUAUCUACGUCAGAUUAUUUUCAAGCUAGAUAUUAUUCUUGAAAGAAACCCAAACAGCUGUAUUUGUUAGAUCUUGUAGGGCAGUGUUGACUUGCUUUAGUCCACAUGUUUGUUUUGUUUUAGUUAAAGUUAGCAUUACACAGAUGAUGCAUCAGGAAAUUGUCCACUUCAGCAGAACUUUAUGUAUAAAAAUAAUCCAGCUGCAUUGAAAUCCCUUCUUUGAUCUGCACUGUGCUAGAUUUUAACAUAACCUAUGACUGGGUGCUCCAGGAGGUCUUGGUACACUUUGGGAGGCUUUUGAUUCCUCAGUACCCUUGUGAACCCUUGGGCUAGAUUGGGCUUGUUGUGGUACACCAUGUGAUCAAGUAGUUCAUAGCUACUCCUUGACUAAGCUUAUGCACAAACAAAACAAAAAUGCUGGAGGAUUGUCCAAUUUAUAAAGCUGUAGCCCAGCAUCAAAAAGCAAGGCUGAAAGCUGGUGGCAGUGGUGGGAGAGCCAAUAUUUUUCCACUAUUUUCAAAAGAUGGAAAAAAUAAUUUUCAAAACUGUGUCUUCAGUUUAUUCUUGCACAAAUGAAGGAUAUGUGUGUUAGACUCGUUGUCCUUUGCCCUAAUGGAAAUAAGUGCUGUAAUUUGAGGACAGUUUGAAAAUAAACACUAUAUACACUAACACACUAAUACUGUCUUGAGUUCACUUAAUGUGGAACUGAUUUUGUAAAGAUGUUUUGGGUUGUCAUUUUUAUUGCAAUAAAUAAUGCAUAAGAAGAACUGUGGAUUAAGCUAACUGCUGAUUAUAUUAAGGUUAUGUUUAAAGAAAAAUAAACUUGAAAUUAACUCUG